GGACAGUAUCACCAGACUGGAUCUUUCCUUAUGCAUUUUACAACCAGGGAACCGCGUUCUGAAUCGGCAGUUUCUGGUUUUGGAAAACCGGAUUCUCAGCCAAACGGAAGAAAGGCUAUAUCAAGAUUUUCAGUGAUUCUUUCAACGCCAAUUUUGGAUAACCAGACCAAAUACACCCCAAUCCCAGUAUUUAUUAGAAAAUGUAUAAGCUGAUUUCACAACCCAAAUCAGAAAACUCUGAUGCUUGCAGCUCUCAAUUCACUUCCAUUGAUGUUCCAUCACAGUUUCUACAGGAAGCUGUUUUUGCUGGAGAUAGGUUUUGGGAGCUUGAAGCUGCUUUUGGACGUGUGGAUGGUGUAUUCAGAACAGCUACAGGCUAUUGUGGAGGGACCCUUAGAAAACCUACCCAUAAAGAGGUCUCUGAAGGCAGAACGGGCCACACCGAAGUCGUAAAAGUCAUCUAUGAUAAGCGAAAGAUUUCAUAUAAAUCGCUUUCCAGUGUCUUCUGGGAAAGCCAUGAUCCCACUAACAAAGAUUAUCUGAGAUUUGGAUUGGACACUCAUUACCGUUCGGCGAUCUUUUACGCCGAUGAAGAGAUGAAGAAACAGACCCAAGAAUCAAAGAUCAGACGCCAAAUGGAGCUCAACCGUCGGAUUGUCACAAAGAUCAUCCCUUACGAUCCAGAUCUCUUCUUCCUCGCAGAAAACCAACAUCAGAAAUAUCAUCUUCAGAAAGAUUACACGUGGCUCUGUGAAAGUCUUAGUCUGCGGAGCACAGAGCAAUUUGUGGACUCGCACGUCGCUUGCAAACUCAAUGGGAUAUUGGCUGGUGAUAAGAAUAUGGUUGUUGAGAGACUGAGGACACUGAUGGAAGGCUGUGAUUUGCCAAAGCAAACCAUGCUGAUUUUGGAAGGAAUAAUAGAAGAUUUAGAGAAAAGAUGAUGAUUAAGAAGCAAACUAAUGCAAUGUUAUUUUAGUAAGUUUUACAUGGGGAGUAAUGAUACAAUGGAAUAUGUAUGUGAACCUUGCCUUUUUGAGACGUUGGCAUCCGCAUCACCUAUCUGGACCGUCCAUUAGGUCCGGUCGUCUAUCUUCAAAGGCCCAUUUGAAAAAGUCACGCUGAUUGGAUGAUCCAAACCAUCCAGUUAGUGCAUGCAAACAUGGAUGGCUGAUAUUGUUUUUAGGGCAAUUAAAUUUCCAUGAUUUUUGCAUUCUAGGGAGCGAAGAGUGGACUGGACCUAAUGGACGGUUCAGAUGGGUGAUGUGAAUGCAAACGACUCUAGAUGGGACUAAGAACAUGGGAGUAUUUCCAUACA